CUCAGUGUCUCUUUCCAGUCAGAGGAGGUUGACAGGAUGGCGAAUUUUAAGGGUCACGCACUUCCAGGCAGCUUCUUCCUGCUCUUUGGGCUCUGGUGGUCAGUGAAAUACCCACUGCAGUAUCUCAGCCAGAAACUAAAUAAGAAAUCCCACAGGACUCAUUAUUUCCAGCGUGUGGAUGCCAUUGAAGGGGGAAUCAAAAUCCUCUUUUCUCUAAUAGGGAUGCUGGCAGAGCAGUUCGUCCCUGAUGGUCCCCACCUGUACCUGUACAGCGGGGAGAAGCGCGACUGGGUAAAGCUGAUGAACUGGCAGCACAGCACCAUGUACCUGUUCUACGGCCUCUCUGGGGUGGUGGAUGUCCUCACCUAUAUGUUCCAGGUGGUGCCACAGGGUCUGGAUCGCCUUAUGUUGUCCGUGGCCGUGUUCGUUGAAGGUUGUCUCUUCUAUUACCACGUCCUUCACCGCCCCAUGCUGGAUCAGCACAUCCACUCCCUGCUGCUCAUCGCCGUCUUUGCCGGGGCUUGCAGCAUCCUGCUGGAAGUUUUCCUGCGUGACAACAUCAUCCUGGUGAUGUUCCGAGCCAGCAUGACCAUCGUCCAGGGAACAUGGUUCUGGCAGAUCGGUGUUGUGCUGUUCCAGCCAUGGGGAGGUCCAGUGUGGGAUGAGAAUGACCACAGCAACAUCAUGUUCCUCACGAUGUGCUUCUUCUGGCACUGGGCAGCUUCUGUGGCCAUCCUGACUGUGAACUACACCCUCGCUUAUUGCUGUCUUCAGAGGUUCAGGAGAAGCAGUGGAGAGCCCUACAUCAGCCUGGGGGUCCGGCAGCAGAAGUGUGACAGCAGCUCCCAAGCUGCCUUCUUGAAUUGCUCUGAAGAAGAGUGA